AUGGAGUCAUCGUAUCACCUCAUAUUUAUUGAUGAGUCGGGCAUGGACAAGACCGUCGGACUACGACGCAAGGGAUGGGCCCCAAAAGGCAUCACUCCUAGGCAAACAGCUACGUUCCAGCGGGAGGAGAGGUAUCAAGUCCUGUCUGCGUAUACACAGAGAGGCAUCAAGCUGUCGCGUGUCUAUCGGGACUCUACUGACACCGAGACCUUUGUGGACUUCAUCAAGCAACUACUUCGUCACUGUAACAGAUGGCCAGAGCCGGGAUCUGUCCUCGUCAUGGAUAAUGCUACAAUUCACUGUUCCAAAGAGAUCGAAGAGAUGUGCGAGAGGGCAGGCGUGAAGCAGGUCUUUACAGCACCAUACACGCCUAUAACGAACCUAAUAGAGGAGCAUUUCGCCGAACUCAAGGCGUAUGCAAAGGUGCGAUGGGAUAAGCACAUCGAUCUCUUUCAUAGAGACUUUGGCGCGUACAUCAAGUCCUGUGUCGCUGCUGGUGGGCGACAAGAUAGUUCUGGAGGACACUUCAGGAACGCUGGCUUAACGGUUAAGCAUCCUCCUAGUUCAGGUUAUGCAGAUAACGAUGAUCAAUUGAGCUAG